GUGCGGAGGGGCCCAGACAAGGCCACACAGGGGAGGGGACGGGGCCGGAUAUUGGGGGGCAGAGAGCCCCAAACUGAUCCCCAGACGGAGCCCCGGGAGGCAGCGGAACAUCGGGAGGAUCGGGGCCGCGCAGCGGUGCGGAUGGGCCAGGCGCGUCCCCGACUCGGGCAUGUGGGUUUAAAGGGCCUGUGCGCGCCCCCGGGGCCGUGUCUCCCUCUCAGUCCGGAUCGGAACCUGGAGCCUCAGCCGGGAGCCUUGGGAGGAAUGCGCUCAGCUCAGCAGGAGAGGGACAGGUUACAUUAAUGACAGUGAGCAGAGUUGGUCGGGGCCCCCGGGGGCCACCAGAGAACCUGACAUUGGGGCCAUCACUCACAGCUGAAUGGAGUCGGAGCCAUACACUAUGGUGGAAUUGCAGGGAUUCCGAGGGGGAAACUCCUGUCAACUUUAAACUUUGUGUCGGGUUUUCUUUGCCUUUAAUAACCAAGAGCAACCAAAACUUAAUUGGAACAAAUGUAAAUCUCUGGGCCUCUUGGAUCUGUACCUGGGGUCUCGCAAUGAGCAACCCUGCCGUUUAAUUUGCCAUCCUGGUCCAACAGAAGGUCGAAAUUCAUGAGUUCACCCACCCUCAGCGACCUGGGCAAGCGAGAGCCGGCAGCGUUGGACGAGAGGGGCACUCAGCACCGGCGCGCGGGGGCCAACGCCACCUGGAACAGCAUCCAGAAUGGAGUAAUCUCCGUAUUUCAGAAGAAAGGGUUGGCCGACCACGAGCUCUUCAGCCUCAAUGAAGGAGUCCGGCAACUGCUGAAAACUGAACUGGGCUCAUUUUUUACAGAAUAUCUUCAGAACCAGUUACUUACCAAGGGGAUGGUGAUACUAAGGGACAAGAUUCGCUUUUAUGAAGGGCAGAAGCUUCUGGAUUCAUUAGCGGAAACGUGGGAUUUCUUCUUCAGUGACAUUCUGCCAAUGCUCCAAGCCAUCUUCUACCCCGUGCAGGGGAAGGAGCCCUCCAUCCGCCAGCUGGCCCUCCUGCACUUCCGCAACAUAAUUACCCUCAACCUUAAACUGGACGAUGCCUUAUCCCGGCCCCGGGCCCGAGUCCCGCCCUCCAUCAUUCAGAUGCUGCUCAUAUUGCAGGGAGUCCACGAAUCCAAAGGGGUCACGGAGGAAUAUCUGAAUCUGGAGUCGCUCAUACAGAAGGUGGUGUCGCCCUACCUGGGCACCUACGGGCUCUACUCCAACGAGGGGCCCUUCUCUCACUCCACCUGCAUCUUAGAGAAGCGAAUGUUCCGGCGCUGCCCCAAAUCGGGGGAGAUCAUCACCAAGAACCCGGUGGUCCGGUCCAAGAGCUACAAUAACCCGCUGCUGACGCCGGUGGCCGAGUACGAGAUGGAGAACAUGGCGCCCGGGGGCGGGGGGAUCCGGAGACACUCGGUGUCGGACGUGACCUCACUCGCGGAACUGCCCGGAUACUCCGGUCUCAGCACCGUCCUCGACUGCAGCUCCAAACUGUCUGUGAUUGGACCCCCCGGGGAGGGGGAGGGGCCCCCCACAACCAAUGGGCAGUUCCCCCACCCCCGUAACCUUAGCGACAGCCAGCAGGGACUGUACCAAAGAUCCCCGGACUCCCCGCGACUCCCCGCACCCUCCUCCAGCCCCGAGACAAUAGUCGAUCAGAUCUUGGAAUCCAUCGAUUCGGACUCGGAAGGGAUUUUUAUUGAUUUUGGGCGGAACUGCUCCAAAUCCCCAGGAUUCUCCGUGGAUCUCGGGCGGCAAAGCCUCGUAUGAACCUCGUGGCACCGGGACUUGGCUUCUUCACUUUCUCUUUUUUUACUUUGCCUUUAAUCCGGAUUGUGUUCUGCAGAACCUUCUCCUGUGACUGGGUCAUGGAAUAUCCCAUAAUAAAUCUCAACUACCGGAA